CCUAUUUUCAAGUGGAACAGUCCAGAAAGGAAAGUUUGACGUCAUGACAACAAAGAUGGCCGACGAAAGGAAAAAUUGUUUUCGUCUUUGGUUUUCGGUACAACGGCUUGAUUUGUGCGACGAUAGCCCCAUUUGUCCGCCUCUGGAAGUCUUCGUCCCGAAGGAUGCGGACUCACAUGACGUCCGGAGGAUUCUGAGGGAAAACUUUGACUUAAAUCAGCCAGAUUUGGUGAUGAAGUUGAGGAACAACAGAGGAUCCCUCAUUCCCAUCAACCGUGAGAUCCCGCCCAACUCCAAACACCGGCCGUACACGCUGGAGGUUUGCCGCCAGUACCAGCACAUGUCCGCCGAGCCGCGCUCAGUCGUCAUGCCCAGCUACUACCACACCAUCCGGGCCCGGCUGCAGCAGCUGGGCGGCAGGAUAGACCGCCUGGAGCACAUCGCACCUGAGCUUAGAAUUAGGAGGAAUGCCCGUCUGGAGGCUGAGAUGGAUGAGCUGGACCAGAAGUUACGUUUCCUGAACACCAGACUACAGGAGGCAGAGAGGUACCAGUGGCAGGGGAUGUUCAAACGCCACCCGCUAUGGUGACAUCUAUGCAAGAAGCAAAGACUACGGAGGGACCACUGAACAUACUACUCAUAGUGCCACCAUGGGUACAGCAUGAGUAGAAGAGGCAUCCAACAAUGAGGAGGAGGAAUAGUAGAUAUGUUUAACUUGGGGCAUUUUACAACAGUGAUGUACUAGUAAUAAUUGUCACCACUACAUCUAUGUGGCUCUUGCAUACUUACCUUGCCAGAAAGGCACCUUUUUUAUACGAGCAACUGAUGAAGGAUGAUUAGUUAUUUUGCUGGUACAUCAAGUUACCUUAUAACAUAUAAUAAGCACAGGUUACUAUGUUGCAAUCAUGACAGGUGCAACCAAAAAGACCAUCUUGAUAGACAUUCCUUGCCAUGUAGAAGUGGUCCAAAACAUAUCUGAGCAAUUAUCACAGAUUCCUGGAUCAUCAUUUUGUCUGCAUAUACUUGUAGGCCAUACCUUCUGUAAAUAUUAUUGAAGGCAGUACAGUCAAACCUGUCUAUGGCGGCCACUCAAGGGACUGGUCACUAUAGAGAGGUGGCCACUAUAGAGAAAAUUCUGAUUAAUUGACCACAUGCAAUAAGUUACACUUGGUUUUAGUACCCAUUGAUCUUUAUUCACAUAAUACAUUACUGUAAUGUGGUGUCAUCUGUUAACCAUAUAUGACCUCGUUUGUCGGCGGUAAGGCAUUUUUGUUUUGAAAAUAAAGAGGCUUUAAAUCCGGCGUAGGGUGACGAUACGGCCGCUGUAUGGCCGAAUGCGUGCCGGACCGUAGAUCAGCGGUCCGCGUGGCCGUAAUCGGCAGUGUUUCUGUGUCUGUGGGACCGGAAAUCGUGUGACCAUGGCCGCGUUGGGCAGGUGGCCGCUAAGCAUAUUUCUUAAUCAUUACGAAUCCAAGGGACCGACAAAAAGUGGCCACUAUGGCCAGGUGGCCGGUAUGCAAAGGUGUCCACUAAUACAGGUUUGACUGUAUUAGUAUGUAUUUUACACAUUUUAUGGAAGUGCACAUUUACUUAUUUAUACAUCUCAUGAAGAUAAAUAUAGUAUGUACUCACCCCAUUGUAUUAUUUACUGUUUCUGAAACUAUACUUUUUAGAUAGUAAGGUGCAUUGUUUUUAAAUAAAAAAAAGUUUUUGUUUGUUUUUCCCUUUUAUGUACAUGGCAAACAAAAAGAUUCUUUCUUUGGAUGUUUGUUCACUGUAUGGUUUGGUAUACAGUAACUGUUAUUGCAGAUGGCAAGCUUGCACAGUUCAGUAUAUUUUAGAAUAUAUGUAGAAAAAUAUAAAUGGAGAGACAUAUCAUGUUCUACAUAGGGCAGUAGUCAUAGGUAAAACUAGUAAAGAAUUGUGCAAUUCAGUUCAGUAUUAAUACUUAAAGUACAUUUAUGUAUUUGCAGAGAACAAAAGUGCCAUGUUAUGUGUCGGUGUCAAAAGCUGCAACUAGUUUUUGUGAUUGUGAAUGUACUUCAGGAUGGUGGAAUUGCACUAAACAUAUCAUGAUAUGCAGAAUUUUAGGCAGACUUAUAUUUAGUAUGAUAGACAUGCAAAAUAUAUACAUUGUGCUAUAUAGGAGCAUGAGACUAACAUAAUAUGUUUUAUUGGUCCUGUACAGUAGCAAAGUGAAUAUAAUGUGCACCUUUGUAUAUUAUCUAUUUUUGUGUGAAGCCCAUUCUCAUUCUUACUCUCAUACAUACCUUUCUCAUAGAAAUUAUGUGUCUAUUGUCCUGCCAAUAAAUGUUUACUUAUCAAGCA